UUUUGGAGAGUCAAGACUUCACUCGGCGAUAUCCCUCCUGCGUAGGCUACAGUAGUUGUAGUUUCCGUAUUCCUCCAGAGAAAUGUCAUUGUAAAAAGUUAUCUGACAUCAUUAUCGUUGCCAAAUCUUUUUUUUUUUGCAUAUCGUAUCAAGUGUGGGAGCUUCGAAUUGGAUCAUCAGAGCUCUUGAUGCAGAGAUGCCACAGUUCAUUCGAUAUGUACAGUGUAUAUAUAGGCUACGACCUAUGAAAUAGCUGCUCACAGACUGGGAUUUAAUUCCUUUACCAAGACGAUUUUGAGAUAGUCAUUUUUGUGUAUUUUCGAAUCUGGAAUCUGGAUUAAUGAGAGUGGAAAUUGUGAAGGCGCGUUCCGUAGCCUAAAUUGUAUUUUUUUUUUGCGCGAAUAUUUAAAUUCUCCCAGUUUUAGUUACGACGGAACCAACUAUUUGGAAAGGGAAUUACAACACGUUUACAAAAGGAAGAAAUUAAAUCGGAUCCUCAUUUUCACAGGUUCUUGACCUUGAAUCUAAUUAGGCUACCAAUUCUUCAUGAUGUGGAUUUAUUUCUACCUCGUUCUUUUUCUAUUAGACGGGGUUGUGUCCUCCUGGGGUGGUUCCUCAUCGGCCCUGGUAGGGACGGGUGCCCAUGGCUGGUUGGAUUGCGUGAGGGCCAGUGACAUAUGCAACCAGAACCCCCAGUGCAGCUCCCGCUACCGGGUGAUGCGUCAGUGCCUGGUGGGCAGAGAGAGGGACACCAUGCUGGCCAACAGGGAGUGCCAGGCUGCCCUGGAGGUGCUGCUGGUCAGCCCGCUGUAUGACUGUCGAUGUAAAAGGGGCAUGAAGAAAGAGCUUCAGUGUCUGCAGAGCUAUUGGAGCAUCCACAUGGGCCUGACUGAAGGUGGAGAGCUUUAUGAAACAUCCCCUUAUGAACCUGUGAUUCCUGUUCGCUACCCUGAUGCAUUCCGUCUCGCUUCCAUUAUCUCAGGGAUGCACACUGUCACCCCUAAAGCCAACACUUGCUCUGACCCAGGCAAGACUUGUAACCCAUGUCUGGAUGCAGCCAAAGCCUGCAACCUCAACAACACCUGUAAGAAACAGCGCUCCACCUACAUUGCCACUUGCAACAAAGGGGAACCCUGUAACCGUAAGCGCUGCCACAAGGCCCUGAGGCAGUUCCUGGAUCGGGUGCCCAGCGAGUACAGCCACCAGCUGCUCUUCUGCCCCUGCCAGGACCUGGGCUGUGCUGAACGGAGGAGGCAGACCAUCGUGCCCUUCUGCUCCUUUGAGGACAAAGUCAAACCCUACUGCCUGGAGCUCAGAAAGAACUGCCGCCAAGACCCCCUCUGCAGGUCUAGACUGGCUGAUUUCCACAUGAACUGCAUGGUGACUCAGCACACGGUCAGCAGCUGCCCAAACGAGGACAACUACCAGGCCUGUCUGGCCUCCUACGCUGGCCUCAUUGGGACAGAUAUGACUCCAAAUUAUGUGGAUGGCAGCUACAACAACUGGACUGUCUCCCCAUGGUGCACCUGUAAAGGAAGUGGGAACCAGGAAGAGGAGUGUGAGAGCUUUCUGAGGGACUUCACAGAGAACACCUGCUUGAGAAAUUCCAUUCAAGCAUUCGGUUAUGGAACAGACAGUCUCUUCCACAAAGCUGAGUCUGUCCCACCAACCCCUUCCAUGAAGCCUGGAUUAGAGGCCUCAGUCAGCACCUCAGAGCCAUACAACCCCAAUGACGUCCAGCCUGAAGAUGAAGCCCACGGGAAGCCUAUACUGGAGCCCAGCAGUGGUUACGAUGGCCUGACUAGACCCAAGAGCCCUCCUGGUGAUGGGGCACCCUGUGUCUGUGCCAGUGUCUGGGUUCUGCUGCUCAGCCUGUCCUCCGCCUUGGCCAACUAUGCCCUAUAAAACUCCCUGUGGGCUGUCGCCGACCAUCAAGCUGAUCCCAAACGCAGAGGUGUUGUCAAGUGGCUUGUUUGAGGAUGUUUUAUUUUUCAAGCCCAGGCAUCAUGCAAUUUCAAAAAGGAGAGGCGGAGAGCACACAAUCGGAGAUAAUCUAAAUAUUAUUUAUUUGAUGUAACAUUUUGGCUUUUGAGGACCACUAUGAUCAAAAAAAUGGCUUUACCUGGACCCCUCAUGUGGUGAAGCCUCAGUGGCCAUUGGCUGUGACUGUCUUUCCAUCAGUAACACUGACAAAGAACCCAAAGUAUCAUGUCAAAGACUUCUGCACUCCUGCCAUGACAAAGAGGAGAGAAAGAUAGCGAGAGAGAGAGAGAGAACGUGUGUGAGAGAGAAAUGGAGAAAGAGAGAGGAGAGAGAACUGCUGAACGUCACACGUUUUCGUCUAGAAACAGUGCUCGACUUGAUUUUCUGGACAGACCUCAAGCUUUGUGUUUCCAUUUCUUGCAGACAGAAGACUUAUCACUUUUGUGUCUUCUCAAAAGUGUAAAUCUUAACUCAGUGUAUCCGUGUUGGUAUAGUGACAGUGAACAGUAUGUUCAGUACAGCUCUUUUAUUUCAGUGCAAUAUUUUUUCAGCAGACAAAAAAAAAAGACUGAAAUAUAAUGUUAACUGGUUCUCAUUUGAGAUGUUGUUGUCAUUGAUAGUGGGUGAGAAUAAAUAUCCACCCACACAUGUGCAUACUUUGUCAGUGUAUAUAACAAACUGUUUUCUUUCAAUGAGCCAAUAUAAACCAACUGUUUUCUUUCAAUUUACCAAUAUAACAUACCUUAAAUGGUCAAGGUGAUCUGAUGGCACUGUAUUGUUGAGUGUGAAGAACCAAUUUAGAAGGCAAAGUUGGCAAUGUCUAUGACGAAAAAGUCAAAUAAGAAUGUAUAUAGGGAUGAAAUUUAAUUAGCUACAUUUGCUUGGAAAGUAAUUACCUGUGUGUAUUAUAGUCGUUCUUUGUACAGUGCAAAUACACGUGGCCUUACCUAUUGCUCGUACCACAUUAUCCUGCUCAUGGGACAUCGCAACUCGUAGUAACGCUUUACAAAAUGAAUCAUUCACAUGGGUUCAUGUCAAAACACCACCACCGCCAUCAGAUCAACAUUUGACUACAUAAAUGCCUGGGAUUGAACCCUUCUGUUUCCAUUGGACUGUUCCAACAGAGGUGUCUAGAGCAAAGAAAUACUCACAGUUUAUAGCUGCUGCACAUUCUGUUGUGUUGAGUUUCCCCCCCGAUUAAUAUUAUUUUUGAUUGGUCAGGUUGUAGCUGAGUCUUGCAGAUGACAUCAUGACGUACUGCCGAUGAAUGAUUACAAUACUGGCUCUGGCCUCCUAUAAGCCAAUCAAAUGCAUGAGGUAAAUUAAGAGUUUUGACAUGUAGUAAUGUAAAUAAAUAAACUGAUAAAUAUUCCCCCUCACAAAGAAUGGGUCCGGGUAUAUGAGGAGAAUGGGGUUUCCACAUUUCUUACACAGUUAAGUUCAUUCAUGUUGAUUGUUUCAUACAAAAGUGAGCCAUUUUGAAAAAUAUUACUGCAAACAUGACUCAAUGGAAGUCAAGACAGCACUGAAAACAAAGAUUGCACACAAAUAAAUCCUGACAAUAAAUAAAUGACAUGUCGCAGCUUAUAUAAGGUGAGGGGCAGAGAGUACUCAAAGAUGGGAUGUCAUAAGUGUAUAAGUGAUUGAAAAAGUGAGAAGAGUGUGUGUGUGUGUGUGUGUGUGU